UAUAAGCUCUGUAUAAUAAAACCAAGGAGAACUUUUUGUAACCUCUCACACAUACAGCUUUUAAUGGCUAAGCUUGCAUCAGAUUUUCUCGUCCUCGACUAUCAAAGCCUCCGUCCAUGGGACACCGUUUUGUACAUCGUUCAAGGCAGUAUCGUUAAAUUUCGGGGCACUGCUAUAGUAAACGCCGCUGACUCUUACUGUCUUGGAGGCGGUGGUGUAGAUGGGGCAAUUAGUAGAGCGGGCGGUGAGAUCCUAAGGAGAGCGAGGGAAGCUUUACCUGUAGACCCGGAAGGUUACCGUUGUCCUGUCGGAAAUGCUAAAGUAACAGUAGCUGGUGCUCUUCCCUGCAAAUAUGUUAUUCAUGCCGUCGGUCCUUGUUUUCCUUCCAACCCACCCUAUGAUGAGUAUGAUCGUCUUCUCUCUUCGGCGUACAUUCAGUCCUUGUUGCGAGCUAAAGAAAAUGCUGUAGAGUCCAUUGCCUUCUCUUUAAUUUCUGCUGGUGUCUUUCGGGGUACUCGGGAACUCAAAAGUGUUAUCACGAUUGCUUUGAAAACCAUCGCCGAUAAUAUUUAUGAAGGGCUCAAAGAGAUCUACGUUGUCGCGUAUUCGGACACGGACGCUAAAGUUCUUGUUUCAGUGUUUUCUCACUUAUUUAAAAGCCCUUAACAACUAUUUUGUUUUGCUUGGUUUUAUUU